UCUGGUUUGAAGAAUUUAGGAAGGCCUAAGCAUAGCCAUUCGGGCUGAAUGUCGUCACUCGGUUGAGUUGUGAGAGCGACAGAGAUGGGAAUUGGCUGGCUGGGACAAGUGCAGUGUCAUGAAUAACCUCAUGUCUCAAUAGCUACAGCGCCCGUAACAGAGGGAUCUCACCAUCGCACGUGCGGCCUCUUACCCACGUCCCGCAAAUUUGCCUCGCUGUAUAUAGAGGCCUUAGAAGUGGGUGAAGAGAGAAAAUACCUAUUCAUUCAAUCUCGUUUUUCAUCAAUGGCCGACGAAAUCACCUCCGCAAGCAAAGACCAAACCCGCAUCCAGUUUCAAGAUGUCGAAAACAAUGUCAAUGCUCGUCAUGGGUUUCCACUGCAACGACAGUACACCGAUAUGUCCAUCAGGAGUGUGGCCUCGGGGUUGAGCAGAGACAGGUCCCUCGGGGCACAGGUGGCCGUCGAAUAUCGUGCACUCUCUAUCAAGCUUGACGGUACCGAAUCGCAGAAGGAGCAGGAGGUGAAGCAGAAAUCCUACGCCGAAGAACUCGCCGACGAAAUCGCCGAACUCCAAUGGCACGUGGUCCCUCUUCCGGAUAUCUACGAGCGUCUCCAGUCCUCCCCCACCACCGGCCUCAGUUCAGACCAAAUUCCACAGUUGGUCUCAUGGUAUGGCAACAACAUUCCAACACCGCCUCCCUCGCGUCUUCUCCACAAGCUGUUCAUGUACUUCUUCGGCGGCUUCGGCUCACUUCUCCUCACUGGUGGAAUACUCGUUCUCAUCGCAUGGAAGCCUCUCGGAAAUCCGCCCGCUCCUGCCAAUGCAGCUCUCGGUAUUGUGCUACUCUUGGUUUUCGCUAUACAGGCAGGAUUCAAUGCGUGGCAGGAUUACUCUUCAUCGAAGGUUAUGAACUCAAUUAUGUCCAUGCUGCCGGAUAAGUGUCUGGUGCUGCGGGAUGGUAACCAGACUGAAGUCCCAUCGACUGCACUUGUGCCUGGAGAUAUCCUCUAUGUCAGGCUUGGUGAUAAGGUUGCGGCCGAUCUCAGGAUGCUGGAGGUUUCAAUGGACCUGAAGUUCGAUCGAUCGGUUUUAACAGGAGAAUCAAAGCCUUCGCUGGCCACCGUCGAUUCUACUGACCCCAACUAUCUCGAAACCCGUUGCAUAGCUUUGCAAGGUACUCACUGCGUCAGCGGAAAUGGCAUUGGCAUUGUUGUCGCCACCGGUGACAAAACGGUCUUUGGAAGGAUUGCGAAGUUGUCGAGUCGCCCCCGCAAGGGAAUGACGCCACUACAGAGGGAGAUUAUGAGGUUCGUUAUGGUUAUUGGCGGGCUGGUGCUGUUUGUGGUUAUUCUCGUGAUUAUUCUCUGGGCUGCCUGGCUACGGAGGUCGUAUCCCAAGUGGAUCGAUGUUCCGCUCCUCAUCGUCGACUGCGUCAGUGUUGCGGUGGCUUUCAUUCCGGAAGGUCUUCCCAUUGCCCUCGCAACGUGUCUUACGAUCACUGCGCACUCCAUGAGGAAAAAUAACAUCCUGUGCAAAUCACUCGCAACGGUCGAGACGCUUGGUUCAGUGUCAUUGCUAUGCUCGGAUAAAACUGGAACACUCACGAAGAACAAGAUGUUCGUCACGGACUUUUGCAUCGGCUAUGACAAGCACACAGUCCCCCACAGCGGGCCUCCUACUCCAGCUAUGCUCGAGGUCUAUGCCAUCGCUGGGCUGUGUAACGCCGGCGAGUUCGACGCAGCCACUCUCCAUCUUCCCUUGGAGCUGCAAACAGUCCACGGCGACGCCACUGACCAGUCAAUCCUGCGGUUCGCGCAAAGUUUGGGCCCAGUAGCAGACUUGCGGAAUAAAUGGAAGAGGAUCUACGAGGUGCCAUUCAACAGCAAGAAUAAGUUCAUGCUCUCGCUAUUCGCCGAAGUGGUGGGUGAAGGCGAUGAUUGUUGCGGUGAACAUAUCCUCAUGAUCAAAGGCGCCCCCGACAUCCUCCUCCCGCGGUGCGGCUCAUUGCUGCUACCCGACGAUUCCCAGGCGGCGCUCACCUCCGCCUGGCGUGAGAACCUGCAGCAGACACAGAUACAAUGGGCUAUGGACGGAAAGCGUGUUAUUCUCCUCGCCAGCAAGCGGGUACCGAAGUCACUCUUCCCUUGGGCUCCAAACACGGCCGAAUUCGCCGAUCAGGUCGCUUCCUUAGCCGCAACAGAUAUGAGACUGGCCGGCUUAGUGGGAAUCGUCGACCCGCCCCGCGACGAGAUUCCAAGGGUUAUCGAGAUCCUUCGCGGCGCGGGUAUCCGUGUGUUCAUGGUCACUGGUGACUUCAAGCUCACGGCGCAGUCCAUUGGCCGCUCCUGUGGGAUUCUUACUGUUCCUCCCGCUGCGGUCGAAGACUUUACGUCGCUGGAUAGGCAGUAUGUUAAGCACGAGGAGAAGAAGGAUGAAGAGUGGUUCGACAAUGAUACGGGAUUCCAGGGGGCCAUCGUCCUGGAAGGGUCCGAGUUGAUUGUGUUGAAUGAGGCGCAGUGGGAUCAAUUAUCGAGAUAUAAGGAGGUUGUGUUUGCGCGGACCACGCCAGAACAGAAGUUGAGGAUUGUCAAGGAGUUUCAGAAGAGGGGUGAGGUUGUGGCAAUGACGGGGGAUGGUGUUAACGAUGCUCCGUCGCUGAAAGCAGCCGAUGUCGGAAUUGCUCUGGCUUCCGGGAGUGCAGUUGCCAUUGAGGCUGCGGAUAUGAUUCUUCUCGGCAGCUUCGAGGGGAUUGUCGGCGCUGUCCGGGCUGGAAGAACGGUGUUUGAUAAUCUACGAAAAACAAUCACUUAUCUCCUGCCAGCUGGAACUUUCAGUGAGCUUUGGCCCAUUAUGAUCAACGUACUCUUCGGGCUCCCACAGAUCCUGUCUUCCUUCCUCAUGAUCGUAAUCUGCUGUUUCACCGACUGCAUAGCAGCCAUGUCCCUUGCCUAUGAACAGCCGGAGUCCGAUACACUCACACGCAAGCCGCGCAACAACCGCACUGAGCACCUUGUCGACGGCAAACUAAUCUUCCACGCCUACUUCUGCAUCGGCAUGAUCGAGUGUGUCUGCAGCAUGGCAAUGAGUUUCUGGUACAUGCAACGCCAGGGCCUACCAUUCUCCGCAGUCUGGCUAUCUUACGGGAAUAUCGACUCCAAGUACGAUCCUGAUUUCAUCACCAGGACGGUGAAUGAGGCCAGCUCAGUGUACUUCGUUACGCUUGUUGUCAUGCAAUUCUUUAACCUCAUGGCUACGAGGACGAGACGGUUGAGUAUCACGCAAAUGCCGCCGUUGGGACCGUACUACUCCAGGAACUUAUACCUUUUCCCCGCAAUUGGGUGUGGUAUCAUCAUCGUAUUUAUCUUCUGUUACAUCCCGUUCUUCCAGGACUUGAUUGGAUCUACAACUAUACCUCUUGAGUACUGGUUCCUCCCUGCAGCUUUUGGAGUUGUUCUGUUGCUGCUUGAUGAGAUGAGGAAGUUUGUGAUAAGGGGAUGGCCGCAGGGGUUUGUUGCGAGGAUUGCGUGGUAGAAUGGAUGGAGUUUAAUUGUCGUAGGGAUGAGCAGAAUGCUUAAUCCAUGAACCAAACUCCUGUAAUAUUCUUGUAUGUGGGCUAUAAAAUCAUCAUGAAGCUUGAUUCUCCCAGAGCUCUACUCUCGGUCGAGGAUAACUCCAUUUUCUUUCGAUCGAUAGUGAGCCCUUCAGACGUCCUCUUUGAGAGAAUCGCGGUCCUAUUUAGCGAGAAAGUUGCACACUCCAGCGAAAAGAAAUGCGUCCGUUUGAUUGGC